GUUAUUACGUGUGACAAAAGGCUGAUGACAAAUGUGUACGGAACUAUAUGCUUCUUCAAUAAAUACCCUGCCCACUUCAAUUCUUUGUGUACGUGGAAAAUAGUAUGCAUAUAUCAGAACUUAGUGUUGUUCCUUCUUCUAUUUCAUAAGCCCACAAAAAGCUUACACAAUUCCUCUCAAUCUCUCUUGCUUCCUCCAUUAGAUUUUUGUACAUAUAGAGAUAUAGCUAGCUUGUAAAUAAAAAAUUUCCACAUUUCCUUCAAAUUCAAAGGGCAAAAGAAUACUGAUACUCAACAGAUUCUUGUUACAAAAGGAAGCUUGAUUGAAAAGGGCUAUAUUAACGCUUGAUCAAUCAUGAUGAGGAUUUCAUUCUCAGCUUGCAAAGAAGUACCAUCUUUGGUAAGUUUCCCAGGAGGAUUAACCAUGGAACCGUUCAUUCCUUGGAAAAGAAAGGACAAAGUUGUGAUAGUGAUGGGAGCAACCGGCACCGGAAAAUCGAGGCUUUCGAUCGACUUGGCCACCCGUUUUCCGGCGGAAAUCGUGAAUUCCGACAAAAUGCAAAUCCACAAGGGCCUUGACAUAACCACCAACAAAGUAACCGAGGAAGAAUGCCACGGGAUCCCCCACCAUUUGUUGGGGAUCGCGGAUCCCGACGUGGAUUUCACCGCCUUCGAUUUCCAACACCACGCGUCCCUUGCUGUGGAUUCCAUUGUCCGAAAGGGGCUCCUCCCGAUCAUCGCGGGCGGGUCCAAUUCGUACAUCAAGGCCCUAGUGAAUGACAAUGUCGAGUUCCAAUCGAAAUACGAAUGUUGUUUCCUCUGGGUAGAUGUCUCGAUGCCGGUCCUCCACUCGUUCGUGUCAGAACGAGUGAAUAAGAUGGUCAAAUCUGGAUUAGUCGGAGAAGUGAGGGAAUUUUUCCGCCAGGACGGCGAUUACAGCCGUGGGAUCAGGCGUGCGAUCGGGGUCCCGGAACUCGACCGGUAUUUCCGAGUUGAGAAGGAAUUGAUUGAUGAUGAGGAAACUAAGAGAUUCCUUCUUGAGGAGGCAAUUGAGGAGAUUAAGUCAAACACUUGCAAAUUGGCUUGUUGCCAAAUUAGAAAUAUUCUAAGGCUACAAGAGCAAUUGGGAUGGAACUUGCAUCAUCUUGAUGCCACAGAAGCUUUCCUAAAGAAAGGACCUGAUUCUGAUGAAGCUUGGGAAAGACUUGUUGCAAGGCCUAGUUCCAUGAUUGUUGGACAUUUCCUAGAACAACAAGUACAUGAAUUUGUUGUUCCAUCUCAUUCUCACCACCUUUCUAGUACUACCACUACUCCCCCACCGUCUUCUUCCGUUAUGGCUGCCACUUCAGUUCUCGGAACUGCCGUGGCUACCGCCACUCACUAAAGUGACACAUACCUUCACCCAUCUCUAUCCUUAAAAUUAAUUUUCUAAAUUCUGCUUGUUUUACACAAAAGAAAAAAAAGAAUUGAAAAGUUCCUUUUCACUUUCAGUGGCUGAUUUGGCAAGAUGGCCAAAAGGCGAAAAAAAACCAAUUCGACAAAAAAUAAUCUUUUUUUGUUUUUUUUUUUGGUGGGAUGCUUUUUAAAACUGUCACUUCAUCAGGUCCUUUUAGAACCUAAAUUUGGAGAGAGGAGCCGUACAGUUGGAAGCAUUUUAGAAAUCCGUGUUUUGGCUGCUGCCAAUGGGGCUUCAUCAUCAUCAUAUUUAUAGUCUACUACUAUUCCAUAUUCCAUAUCUUUGAUAACUCGGACUCAGCUUUCAUGAUUCAGAGGAACUUCCUAUAUGUGAAAAAUGUGUUAUGGUGCGAUGCAGAUGGGAAUGAGAACCAUAGAGACCACCGUGUAGAACCCGAGUUGAAGAAAGAGAUAGAGAUACCAAAAAGAUUGCCCUUCUUUACCUUUUUUUUUUUUAAAAAAAAAGUUUUUGUUAUAUGAGCUGUAUUAUUCUGAGAUUUGACAUCUCUAUAUAUUGUAUAGAACAUCAUAUCACUGUUUUGUGCUGAUAUACACAAUCAGAUAUCUUGUGGUGUUACAAAGUUGUAGUUGAUUUAACUAAUUAUAUAUCUUCAUAACCUACUACCUUUCUAUUUUUUAUACGCAAAUAGAAUAGCCUAUUUAAACUUUUUGUAUCGAUCGCAUUCUGUUAUUUUAUGAAUAGUCACUAAUAACGUGUGUUGGUUACACAAGAAGUGGAGACAGAACUUGUAUAUUUUUAUUUAUUUAUGGG